CCCCUAGGAAUGGCCGGCACACGCGGACACACGCACACGCGGGAGUCGCUGAAAGUUUCAAACAACAGGAACCCGUCCUACCGCCCCGGCCAGUUGGUUGUGGUGCGCCAGGCCUCGCCUCCUGCCGCCUCUACCGCCGAGAAAUGUCCCUGCAGCCCGGCCGGGCCUCCAUUCACCCCGGCCCCAGCGCUCACCUGCUGCAGCACCUUGUCCAGCGGCUCGGCCCGCGCCAGGCUGUCGGCGCUCAGGCCGCUCGCCUCGCGGCACUGCGGGCUCAGCGCGGCCGCCUCGGCGCGUACCAGCGAUUUAUGCAAUGUCCCCACCUGCGAGCGGCGGGGAAAACCGAUCAGCCGCUGCGCCCCUCGGAUCCUGAAGCUCCCUGGAGAUCCCACCGCCCUCUUUCCACCCUACCUGGCGGCUCCGCGGCUCCACCACUUGCCAGACUAGGAGGAUUAAGUCGGUCUCGUCGGAGCCCAGGUCCUGCCCCAGCGCACCCGCCGUGGCCCCGAACAGUACGACCAGGGGUCCAGGCCCGGGACGGGGGUCGGCAGCGGAGUCUGCGGCGGGGUUCGGGCCUGAGGGCGGUGGCUGGGGUGGCGGCGGAGUCAUGGCCGCAGAGGGAGAGUGUGCUCGACCAGACAGACACACGCGGACCGACGAAGCGCACACACUCACCGACCGACGGCAGACGCGUUUCGGCUUAGGCGGGACACCGUGUGUUAUGGGCGGCACCUGCGGCCCGGCUGCCGCAGUGGGCGCUGCUGAGACCCGCCCAAGGCGCCCCGCGGGGCGGGGCGGCUACCGGCCCCCGCCCUCUCUGGGCGAGUUACCUGUCGGCCCCGCCGGCCACGUGACCGAGGGCGGCCCCCGGGAACCAUGGGGGAGGGCCGCUAGACUCUAGCCCUACACGCGCACACUCACAAGGCUGGCCUGGGCUCGCGCUCCCCCAGCGGGCCCUGCCGGACUUCUGCGGCGACCCCCCUCCCUCUCCGCUCCCCCACCGGGCCUCCGCCAAGGAAAGAGUAAAACCAGGGGCCUUUUUUAGUCAGUAAGGGUCCUUUGGACUUGUGAAAAUCACCAGGAGGCAGCCUGGAGGCUGUGGGGGUCACGACGGCGGGUCUGGAGGGGUAAAAGAAGUCACCCAAGGUGAAAGGGGCCGGUAAGAGUUAUCAGGUAUCACCCAAAGGCUUGUAGGGGGGUCGCCAGAGGUCGACUGGUGUGGGGGGAGGGUGGCAGGAAGCACAAGAGAUCAUUAAACCCAUUUGAGUAUUCACCAGAGGUCAGUGGAAAGGGUUUGUGCACACAAGUGCGAAGGCUGGGCCUCAGCCUGGCUCCAGGAAGUGCCCGCGGUGCCAAAGAGCGGUCGGAGGUGCGCAGGCCUCGGUGCUGGGGAAGGAAGAAGCGCGUCUCCCCCAUCCCCGGCCCCAGCUCCCGAGAGCGGCUCCCCGGCGCUGAGCCGGAUGGUCCCGGCAAGGAGCCUCACCCCUACCGCACGUGAGGCCUGCCGCCUCUUUUCGCCCUUCCCCCUUGACAACAGGCCUGUUGCCUGGAGAUGUGAGCGUGCUGGCCGGUGGGGGCUAGAGGCAAAAGUGCAAUGUGCCUAAGGGAGCCGCAAAUUCUCCAUCUCUUCUUCGGACAGCCCUUCGUGGAGGGCUCCCAGCACACUUUCGCCCUGUCGGGCUUGGUGAAGCUCCUUUACGGCGAGUUUCCAGGCUGCCCCGGAUUUUCCCGAAUUCUCCCGUUUAUGUGACUGAGAAACUGAAGAAGAAUCCGGCGGGAAGAAGGGGCUCCAGCCCGGCAGGAGCAGACACAGAGGGUUGCCAAGCUCGAGACGGAACUGGGGCGGGAGCCGCACCUCACGCUUUCGGACAAGCUGGGCGCUACGUUCGGACCUUCAGACAACUGAGAGCGAAAGAACCCGGCGUAGAGGAAGCGCCUCCGAGGCCUUGCCCACUAAUUCAAACUGCACCGCGUCCCCAUUUGGCGGAUAAACAGACUGAGGGCGCCCGGGACACGGCGGCUGGAAGGGAGAGGUAAGUAGACUGGGUUUCCAGCGGUUUCGAGCGACCAGCCCUUCCCCUUGCGGUGUAGGCGAAUGACCACGCUCCGCUGUCCCUGCCCCACACCGCUACUAGCUAGUGUUCACGAAUCACGAAUGAAUGAAUCGGAGAUACGGUACGCGGGAGGAAUCAGCGAGGCUCCAACGGCAAACCGUACUCUGGGUACCUGGGAAAAAGGAACUUGGUCCAUCGAGCCUGCCCGCAAGCUAGCGGAAUCCCAUCCUCACUUCAGCCCUUGGAAGCCUGCCACUAAGGCAGCCGGCGCUCCAGCCGCAGUGCCCGGUGAUUUGGGCAACCAGCUGGAGGCAAAGCUGGACAAGCCGACAGUCGUGCACUACCUCUGCUCCAAGAGGACAGACAGCUACUUCACACUCUGGCUGAACCUGGAACUGCUGCUGCCUGUCAUCAUUGACUGCUGGAUUGACAAUAUCAGACCUGAGAAUGGGAAGGGAAUGUGGCUCAGGACACAAGGCAGUAUUGGGACACACCAACUUAGGUGUCACCUCUGGGUCACUGGCUCAAUAUCCCCUCCUGGCAGGCUGGUCUACAACCGAACGUCCCGCACCACCCAGUUUCCUGAUGGUGUGGAUGUGCGUGUCCCUGGCUUUGGGAAGACCUUCUCACUGGAGUUCCUGGACCCCAGCAAAAGCAGUGUGGGUUCCUAUUUCCACACCAUGGUGGAGAGCCUUGUGGGCUGGGGCUACACACGAGGUGAGGACGUCCGGGGGGCCCCCUAUGACUGGCGCCGAGCUCCAAAUGAAAACGGGCCCUACUUCCUGGCCCUCCGCGAGAUGAUCGAGGAGAUGCACCAGCUGUAUGGGGGCCCCGUGGUGCUGGCUGCCCACAGUAUGGGCAACAUGUACACGCUCUACUUUCUGCAGCAGCAGCCACAGGCCUGGAAGGACAAGUAUAUCCAUGCCUUUGUGGCACUGGGUCCGCCCUGGGGGGGCGUGGCCAAGACCCUGCGCGUCCUGGCCUCAGGAGACAACAACCGGAUCCCGGUCAUUGGGCCCCUGAAGAUCCGGGAGCAGCAGCGGUCUGCUGUCUCCACCAGCUGGCUGCUGCCCUACAACUAUACCUGGUCACCCAAAAAGGUCUUCGUGCACACACCCACAGCCAACUACACGCUGCAGGACUAUCACCGCUUCUUCCAGGACAUCGGCUUCGAAGACGGCUGGCUUAUGCGGCAGGACACGGAGGGGCUGGUUGAAGCCAUGGUACCACCUGGCGUGCGACUGCACUGCCUCUACGGCACUGGUGUCCCUACGCCAGACUCCUUCUACUAUGAAAGCUUCCCGGACCGUGACCCGAAAAUCUGCUUUGGUGAUGGUGACGGCACUGUGAACUUGCAGAGUGCCCUGCAGUGCCAGGCCUGGCGUGGCCACCAGGAGCAAGAAGUGUCAUUGCAGGCACUGCCGGGCACCGAGCACAUCGCGAUGCUGGCCAACGCCACUACCCUGGCCUAUCUGAAACGCGUGCUCCUCGGGCCCUGAUUCCUAUGCUGGGCAGGGCUCUGGGAUGGCCUGGCCACCACUGCUUCUCCUGGCCUGUGGGGCAACCAUGGCCCAUGAGUUGAGCAGUUUGUGACUGAUCAUCUAAGGCCCUGGAUCUUGGGUUGUGAAGUGGGGAAAUGCUGGGUUUUUUAUCCUUCCUCUCUGGGAAUGAGGAAGGAAGACAUAGUCUGAAGUUACUUGAGGGACCCUUGGAAAGAAUGCUGCUGAUGGUGGAAUUGUGACCUCAGGACUGGCUCCGCAGGUGGAUUGGCUGGCACCUGACCCCAAUCCCCAGUGCUGGGGCCUUGUGUUCCUCCUACCCCUGUGGCCUUUUCACACUCGCCCACCAGGGCCUGGCUCCUCAGCUUUCUUGUGAGGGAUGUUACUGAACUGUGGUCCCUAGGUUGGGCUCCUGGUCCCUAGGGUGUACCUUCUCACACACUGGCCACAAGUCAGCCUGCUACUGGCCACGGGUGGCUGGAGCUGCUGUCUUUGUGUGGCCUAGCUGCUCACACAGCCUGACUGUGGCUUUCUGGGGGCAGCCCGGUUCCCCCUGCAGGCAGGGGUGGGUUGUUACGCUCUCCAUGGUUCCCAGGCCCUGGGGCAUGCACUCCUACCUCCCUUACUUCUAAGAACAGCCUAGCUCAGGGCUGGGCAGCAGAUGGACCCCCAGUUCUCGGGGCUGUGUCCCAGGAGCCCUGAUCUCCUUGGUUGGGCUGUUGCCCACAGUAUUGAUGCUGCCUCCCUUUGCCCUGGGGCUGUGGUUCAAGAAUGAGAGCAGAGCCUGGUGCCAUGCCCUUUAGGUACUUAUGAGGAAAGAGGACUCAAGGAAGCAGCCAAGGCCAAUCAGAGCCACCCUGAGCUGCCCUCUUGCUGACCCUCCACCACAUUGCCACCCUGCCCAGGAUCUCUCUAGCAUUCAUGUGGGCUGGCACAGGACUGAGAGGAGGUAGGACUCUUGCCCACUCUGCCCAGCACCCAUCCCCACCAGGCAGCUCAGUGGUGUUUAGUCAGCAGGGACUUGCCCAGAAACUUGAGUGGGCCCCUGAGAGAGCCAGGUGCCUUAGGGGCCCCCUAGGGGUUUUCUUCCUGCUCCAGAGGUGCUGCAUGGAUCUCCCUGUGAUAGCAGGGAUGGAGGAUGUGGAUCUGCCUUGGUGGUCUCCAAGUGGGAGUGCCUAAAGGCCCAGACUUGGGUCUAGCCUCUGGGGUGGAGCCCCAAAGCCACAGUCAGGCUGGACUGUGCUUCGCUCCUACAAGGUUUCUGUGAAGCAGAAUUUUCUCUGUUGCAUUCAUAGCCAGCAUCUGUCUCUCCCUUUGUUCCUGAGUGGUGGGCCCCACAUGGGGCUCUGAGCAGGCUGUACCUCGAUUCUGGCAAUAAAAGUACUCUGGAUGCUGUAAA